CCUCCACCCACCCCCAACCAGCUUUCCUCCUGUCUGCUCCCUGCCAUACAUUUCCUCCCUCCCCCCUCCCUCCUCGUAUUACCUCCUCUCCUCCCUCGCCGCCAGUUCACCCCCUGCCCCUCGCUAAAUGUCCCAUCGCAAGCUCGCCCAGCAGUCCGGUCUCGGCCGCGCCCUGCGCCGUGACCGCGGUCUGAACCGUCGCCAGGUCAAUGGCGACCCGUAUCUCCACAGCACCGAGAUGGAUGAUGGCCCGAACUGGAUGAAGAUGCAGUCGAUUACCGACCGCGGUGAUCUCGAGGAGUUCCUGAACGUAGCUCAGCUGGCCGACAAGGAGUUCACCGCCGAACGCCGGAACAUCACCGUCAUCAUGGGCGACCACCGGAACAUGCUGGAGUCCAACCUUGAUGACGAGGCCCUGACCCAUGAGCUGGUCAUCCGAAGCAAGGAUGAGCUGAGUGUUCCCCGGCGCCCGGCCUGGUCUCGGACCAUGACUCGUGAGGAGCUCGACAAGAUGGAGCGCGACGCCUUCCUCGAGUGGCGCCGCUCCCUGGCCAGCAUCCAGGACACGGAGAAGAUCCACAUGACGCCCUUCGAGCGUAACAUCGAGGUUUGGCGCCAGCUGUGGCGCGUGGUUGAUCGUUCUCACGUUCUUGUUCAGAUCGUGGACGCUCGUAACCCGGAGCUCUUCCGCUGCCCGGACCUGGAGCGCUAUGUCCUGGAGGUUGGCGCCUCCAAGAAAAACCUUCUGCUGGUCAACAAGUCGGAUCUCCUGACCCCCGAGCAGCGCUACGCCUGGGCCGAGUACCUGGACAGCAAGGGCAUCGAAUUCGUCUUCUGGAGUGCCACUGAGGCCCAGCUUUUGAUCGAUGCCGAGCUCGAGGCUCUGGAGCAGGCUGGCGAGGCGGACCAGCACCAUGACCGGCCGACCGUGGUCGCUCCCUCGGCGGCCGACACCGCGGCCGUGACGCAGACCCCGAUCGACCCUGAUACCCUGCUGAAGGAGGCCUUCGGCAAGCCGACCAACCCGGACUUGGCCUAUCGGUCGCGAAUUGUCUCGCGUAACGAACUUUUCGCCAUGUUCCAUGAGCUGGGCUCGGAUGUCCUGACCUCCGGGGCCCUCGGUCCCGAUGGCCGGAAGCAGCAGCUGGUUGUCGGCCUGGUUGGCUAUCCCAACGUCGGUAAGUCCAGUACGACCAACGUCCUGUGCGGCAAGAAGCGCGUGGCCGUGGCCGCCACCCCUGGUAAGACCAAGCACUUCCAGACCAUCAUCCUGAGCCCCGAUCUGAUGAUCUGUGAUUGCCCGGGUCUGGUGUUCCCCUCGUUUGCGGCCCUCCGUGAGGACCUCGUGUGCAACGGCAUCCUGCCGAUUGACCAGCUUCGCGAGGCCAUUUCCCCGACCCAGCUCGUCUGCCAGCGUAUCCCUCGGCUGUUGAUUGAGUCCAUUUAUGGCAUUGUCCUGCCGCAGCCGGCCCUUGGCGAGCCGGCCGACCGGGCGCCGACGGCCACCGAGCUGCUUGGAGCCUUCGCCAUUGCUCGUGGCUUCAUGCGCAAGGGCCAUGGUAAUGCCGACGAGAUGCGCGCCGCGCGUGUCAUCCUCAAGGAUUAUGUGGCUGGCAAGCUCCUGUAUGCUCAUCCCCCGCCCACCAUUGAGGGCAAGCUCUUCAACACUGCCUCGCACCUGGCCACCAUCCAGGACCUUCAGGAGCGCAAGGCGCAUCUCUUCCGUCACGAGACCAAGGUUUCUUCAGAUGGCCAGCAGACUGACGUCCUGGUCCGCCGGUCGGCCCGCCAGCAGCCUCAGAACAGCGUUCAGGCUGAGAUCGACCGCGACUUCUUCGCCCAGUCCAAUGUGGGCGUCGGCUAUAAGAACAAGAACCUUUCUUCCAUCAACAAGGGUCACCUCGAGGCCCAGGAGCCGGGGCUUCCCGGGAAGAAGGGCCACAAGUCCAAGAAGGUAAAGGCUCGCAACCUGUACAAGGCCACCAACUAGCCAGGGUGCAGACUGUCCCCUCCCCUCCCCCCUGCCCAGUCGGCGGCGGGGCCUCUCCCUUCCGAAUGCGUCUGUCCAUGAUUCAUCCUCUCCUGGCGAUGCUAUCACACCUGCAGCCUUGCACACGUAGGUGCGUGUGCACGCGCGCGGUGCUCGUACCCGCCCUGAUGGAGGAUCGCGGCGCGGAGUGCCGCGCAUCCUGUCCUUGUCUCGUUUUGCAACACACAGCAUGUUGGCCCCAUCUCCUCCCCCCCCCC